UGAAACUUUCGAUUCCGCGUGAACGACAUUUGAUCGUGGAAAUCGAAAGUUUCAAUCUUUAUCAAAUUCCCAUAUCUAAAAUUUUAUAAUCAUCAACACCCACAAAAACAAAUCAAAAUUUUUUAGUUAUAUCUUAUUUAAUAAUUGUUAGAAGAAAACUUAAGUAAUGGGAACACCGGCUUUUCCAAAUCUUGGAAAACAUUGUAGUGUUGAUGAUUGCAAACUCAUUGAUUUCCUUCCUUUUACUUGUGAUUGUUGCAACAAGGUAUUUUGUCUAGAACAUCGGAGUUACACUACACACAAAUGUCCAAACGCCAACAAGAAUGAUCGCACUGUAGUCAUCUGCCCGCUCUGCGCAAAAGGAGUUCAUUUAGUCCCCGAACAAGACCCAAACAUAACAUGGGAAUCUCAUGUUAACACAGAUUGUGAUCCAUCAAACUAUGAAAAAGUCACCAAGAAAAAGAAAUGCCCUGUACGUGGUUGUAGAGAAAUCCUAACAUUUUCCAACACAAUCCAAUGCCGUGAUUGUACUAUUGAUCACUGCUUGAAACACCGGUUAGGACUUGACCAUAGUUGCCCUGGACCCAAAAUGUCCGAGCCCACAUUUUCAUUUUGGGGGUUCUCAAAUAGCCAAAAACAAAAUACGCCACAAACACGAACCACCACGGGUCCUGUAUCCUCCUCCUCGUCAUCAUCAAGCUGGAGUACAAGUUUAAUCAAUGCAGUUUCAUCCCUUGUGCUCAGUGAUGAUAGAAAUAGUGAAGUGGGUCGUAAGGGUGGUUCUAGCGGAGGGGGUGCAGGUGGCCAAGUGGAACAAUGUCCAAUAUGUAAUAUGAAAUUUUCUAAGGUUGCAGCAUUGAUAGAUCAUGUGCAGAUGAUUCAUGAAAAGAAGGGUUUGAUGAAGGUAACUGUUGAUGUAUGUCCAAAGUGUAGCAAAGGGUUUCGGGAUCCGGUGGCGUUAGUGGAGCAUGUUGAAAGAGAACAUAGAGGUAUAUCUAAAGCUUAAAAGAAAGAGUCAUCUGUGCUAUUUAAUCGCGUUGUAACACCCAUGUUUCUAUUCCAUUCUUUUAAAUUAAAAAAAUUGCGAUCACAGUGAUUGGUAAAUUGAACCCAGGUUUUAAAAUUCAAUGUAAACAAUAUUGUUUUGUAAA